AGAUGAGUACUGAAGCAGAACAGCAGCUUCUCCAUGAUGCUAGAAAUGGAAAUGCUGAAGAAGUUAAGCAGCUGUUGGAUGCCAUGACCAAAGGAGAAGUAAUCUUCGACAUCAACUGUAAAGGAAGAAGUAAAUCUAAUAUGGGUUGGACACCUCUUCACCUUGCAUGCUACUUUGGACAUGCUGUUGUGGUAGAGGACCUGCUGAAGGCUGGUGCAGAUGUGAAUGUGCUGAAUGACAUGGGAGACACUCCACUCCAUCGUGCAGCUUUCACAGGACGUAAGGAGGUGGUGAUGUUACUCUUGCAGUAUAAUGCUGAUACUUCUAUUGUUAAUGGGAGUGGAGAAACAGCAAAAGAAGUUACUCAUGAUAAAGACAUAAGGAAUAUGUUGGAAGCGGUUGAAAGGACACAAGAAAGGAAGCUGGAAGAAGAGCUCUUAGGAGCAGCAAGAGAUGGGGAAACAGGGAAACUGUCUGCUUUGUUAAACAAGCCCAAACCACCUGAUAUCAAUUGUGUGGAUCAGAUGGGGAACACACCAUUGCAUUGUGCUGCAUACCGUGCCCACAAGAAUUGUGCGUUGAAACUUCUGAAAAAUGGAGCAGAUCCUAAAAUAAGAAAUAAAAAUGAUCAGACACCUCUUGAUCUAGCCCAAGGUGCAGAAAUGAAGCUAAUACUGGGAGGUAAAACUGGAAAGGUUAUCAACAAACCACUGAGAAGAUACGAAGGUCUCCUGUGGAAGAGCUCACGAUUUUUCGGUUGGAGACUCUACUGGAUAGUACUAGAGCACGGAGUCCUUUCUUGGUAUCGAAGACAAGCUGAUGCAGUAAAUAAUGAGCAUCGUCAGGGAUGCAAGCAUCUAACACAAGCUGUGUGCACGGUAAAGUCUACAGACAGUUGCUUCUUUUCCGUCAGGUGUUUUGAUGACACAGUUCAUCGUUUCAAGAUCCCUAAAAACAAUCUUCCAUCUCAUAGUAGAGAGAAUUGGCUGGAAGCAAUAGAAGACCACUCUGCAUACAGCACUCACUACUGCACGCAGGAGCAGCUGAGUAGCGAUGAUGAGGAAGAUGAUACAGUAUCUGUUACAGACCUACAAGAAACAUUGAAAAAAGCACAAGCAUGCCAACAAAGGCUCACUAAAGAGAUUUCAGACUUUGUUGCAAUGGUUAAAUCUUCGGAUGUUACAAAAGGAAUAAGUUCUCCCCUUCUGCAAAAAGUUGGUGUGGUCUCUGAAGUAUCCCAGGAAACUUGUGAUGCCCUGGCUGACUGCCUCAACCUAUUCACAAAGCAGGAAGGGGUGAGGAAUUUGAAACUGGAGCAUGAGCAGGAGAAAAACAAGAUCUUGUCAGAAGCAUUAGAGACACUAGCUACUGAGCACCAUGAACUAGAGCAGUCACUGGUUAAGGGAUCUCCUCCUCUCAGCAUCAUCAGUGAGGAGCAGUUCUAUGAUGCUGUUUCAGAUUCAGAAUCUGAAAAAUCAUUAAGCGGGUUUGAAACUACAACAGCGUACUCACUAGAAGACAGCAUGGAUUCCAAAGAUACAAUAACUUCAGGCAUGUCUGAAGAAAAGGUUUGCGACAGUGGAGAGUCGAUGUCUAACGGAAUCAAAAAACACAGAACAAGCUUGCCAUCUCCAAUGUUCUCUAGAAAUGACUUCAGUAUCUGGAGUAUCUUAAGAAAAUGCAUUAUGGAAUGGGGAAGACUAAAAUCCAGGAGAUUAACUGUGUACUCAUAUUCUUUUGAACAGUGUGUUGCUGCAUUUGCUGUGUCUGCUGUAGCCUCGCAGUGGGAACGCACGGGGAAGCCGUUCAACCCAUUGCUUGGAGAGACUUAUGAAUUGAUCAGAGAUGAUCUUGGGAUUUAGGACUUCUUUCGGGAGCAAGUCAGCCAUCAUCCACCAAUCAGUGCUUUCUAUGCUGAAGGUUUGAAUAAUGAUUUUGUGUUUCAUGGAUCCAUUUAUCCUAAACUCAAAUUCUGGGGCAAGAGUGUAGAAGCAGAACCAAAAGGCACAAUGACUUUGGAGCUUCUUGAACACAACGAAGCCUACACAUGGACAAAUCCUACUUGCUGUGUGCAUAACAUUAUCGUGGGCAAACUUUGGAUUGAGCAGUAUGGAAACGUUGGAAGGUGGAAAAUAACUAACCACAAAACUGGUGAGAAAUGUGUGCUGAGUUUCAAGCCCUGUGGCCUGUUCGGGAAGGAGUUGCAUAAAGUUGAAGGCUACAUUCAGGACAAAAGCAAAACAAUCAAGAAACUUUGCUGAUUGCGCUGAGGCAAGUGGACGGAGUGUUUAUACAGCGUUGACCCAGCUACUUUCGAAGCUUACAAAAAAAAUGACAAGAAAAACACAGAAGAAAGGAAAAGAAAAGCAGUGAGCAGCACUGAGGAACCCGAUGAGAUGCCAUUGCCAGAUUCUGAGAGCGUGUACGUUAUUCCUGGAAGUAUUUUACUGUGGAAGAUAACUCCAAGACCUCCAAAUUCAGCGCAGAUGUACAAUUUCACCAGCUUUGCUAUGGCUUUGAAUGAAUUGGACAAAGAAAUGGAAAGCGUCAUUCCUAAAACUGACUGCCGGCUACGACCAGAUAUCAGAGCCAUGGAAAAUGGAGAAAUAGAUCUGGCUAGUGAGGAGAAGAAGAGGCUAGAAGAAAAGCAAAGGACCGCCCGCAAAAAUCGUUCGAAGUCAGAGGAGGACUGGAAGACGAGAUGGUUCCACCAAGGUCCCAAUCCCCACACCGGCACACAGGACUGGCUCUAUUCUGGCAACUACUGGGACAGAAACUACUUUAAUUUGCCUGAUAUUUAUUAAAACGCAAUAAGAAGCCUGUGGCUGCUACAAAUAAGUCUUAAUCUGUUUUAAUGUUUUCCCUCAUUUUACUUACCUCCUGAAAGAGCUAACAUGUUAUCCAACAGAAUAUUACGCAUCUCCGCAGUAAAUCCGGCGGUACGUGACUGCGGUCCCUUAGGUAGGGGAUUAACUUUUGUGGCUGGCAGUGGGUCUUACGUGGACAGAGUCAGCAAGUCGCCACGACAUACAGCUGCCUGAUUUGCUGAAUACACCUAUAUUAGGUUGUGGUGUAUGAGGAACGGAACACCUUGGCUGUUCUGUGAGUACCUUCUUUCGUAGAUAACAUUGGCACGAGCAAAACCGGUUUUAUUUAUUAUGACACGGGAAUGUCUAAAAGCACACAAAGUCAUGGCAAUAUUCUGUUCUUAAAGCAAAGCAGGGUGUGUCACUUUUGUACAGAGGCACUUUUUCAUAAAGCAACUUUUCUUUUACUGAAGUAACUCCCUUCAAUCCUGAGCUCUGGUCACAGAUCCCAGAAGCGCGUCCAUCUCUGGAGCCUUCCCGCAGUUGUUUAAGCUGGUAACAUUACUCAGAGGUAUUUAUUUGAUAUUUUGUGCAGUGUGGUUUGAAUUUCGCUCUCCUGUUUUGCUACCAGCCUUAUGGUUUAAGGAAUUAAGAGCCAUUUAAACACCUAUGGAUUGGAUUUCAACUGCACACUAAUAACAGGUUUGGAAAGAAUCUGUUCAAUGCACUAUAAAAUCUGGUGCCCAGCACCAAUGCAAACAGGCAAGAAGUGGAUCAGUCCAGGACCCGGUGGGACUGUCUGUACAGCACAGGCUGCCUGGGAAGGAGCCUUGUGCAUCUCAGAGGUAGGAAGGCACUUGAGCGAGGCCUCCCAUGCACAGCUGCUUUACCCCCUUUCAGUGGGGUGCGUUCAAUCUUAGAGUGUAAGUUUAUACUGAACUGUGUACAGAGCUUCUAGAGGGCGAGCUGCUCCUUGUACAAUAUUUUAACUGCUGUCUGGAGGUCAGUGUUAAUUGAAUAAUUUAAUUGCUACUAAAUAAAGGCUUCGAAACUUCUUGCA